AUGGAUUCCCUGAUAGAUGGGAACCACACUGCAGUGUCAGGGUUCAUUUUAUUGGGCUUAACAGAUGAUCCCGUGCUACGAGUCGUCCUCUUCAUGAUCAUCCUAUGCAUCUACCUGGUGACCAUAUCUGGCAAUCUCAGCACAAUCGUUCUUAUCAGAAUCUCUUCUCAGCUCCAUCAUCCCAUGUACUUUUUUCUGAGCCAACUGGCUUUUGUUGAUAUGGGUAUGUCAUCUUCUGUUACACCCAACAUGCUUGUAAACUUCUUAAGACAGAGAUGCACAAUCUCCUAUUUUGGAUGUGCCAUUCAGCUUGGCUCGGCUGCUUUCUUUGGUACAGCUGAGGGCUUCCUCCUGGCUGUCAUGGCGUAUGAUCGCUUUGUGGCAAUCUGCAACCCCCUGCUUUAUUCAACCAAAAUGUCAACACAUGUCUGUGUCCAGUUACUCAUAAUAACUUAUGCAGUUGGUUUUCUCAAUACCUGGCCGUUUGCCAUAUGCUUCCAUUCCUUACUCUUCUGUGGGUCAAACAGAGUCAACCAUUUCUUCUGUGAUUUUGCUCCUUUAGUUGAACUCUCCUGUUCUGAUGUCAGUGUCCCUGUUCUUGUUCCCUCACUUACUGCGGGCUCCAUCAUUGUGGUUGCUGUGCUUGUCAUAGCUGUCUCCUACAUCUACAUCCUCAUCACAAUCCUGAAUAUGCACUCCACUGAGGGGCGGCACAAGGCCUUCUCCACCUGCACCUCCCAUCUCACAGCAGUCACUCUGUUCUAUGGGACUGUUACAUUCAUUUAUGUGAUGCCUAAGUCCAGCUACUCAACUGACCAGAACAAGGUAGUGUCUGUGUUCUACAUGGUGGUGAACCCCAUGUUGAACCCCCUCAUCUACAGUCUCAGGAAUAAUGAGAUUAAAGAGGCUCUGAAAAGGGAGCUUGGAAGGAAAGUAUUGUCUUGGUGA